AUUUUAAACAUGGCGUCGUUUUUAUCAGAUUACGAAUAAUGACAGUAUGAAGUAACCGUAAUAUUGUAUCACGGCGAAACAAUUAUAUGUAGUUUUAUCGUACUAAUUUGAAGACGAGGGAUUCCAGAUGGAGAGAUCAGUGAUGUCUGAGCAAUCGGCUACCCAAUUACAAACAGAAACUGUUUUAGAGACAAAUGUUACAGAUUCUGGAUCUCAGGAUGUACCAACUGUUCGAUUACGUCUGAGAAAACCAAAAUCUAACAAGAAGGUUCAGUGGACUCAGGGUACCGUGGACAAUGAACAUAUGAAUAAAAAGAAGUCUAAAUGUUGUUGCAUUUACGAAAAACCACGAACUUUCGGCGAAAGUAGUUCUGAAGAUAGUGAUGAUGAAUGUGAACAUUGUCAUGGACAUAAAGAUGUUCAUAAGAGAAUUAUACAGCAUAGUACAGAAACUUCUAAAGAAGAAGGAAUUUCUCCUAAUUCUGAAUCAAUAGUAAAAGCAUCUACAUAAGUAUUGAUGUCAUACUUUUUCCAAAUGAAAGAAGCAUCACCUGUAUGUUUCUUGUAUCAAUGUUAUUUAGGAGAUGAAGAAUAGGAAAUUCGAAAUAUCAGUGGAAGAAUUACAAUUUUUAAUACAACUAUAUUAUUAAUAUUCAUAUUAUUGGCAUUGACAUUUUUGAAUAAGUACUACCAGUCAGAUUUACAGUAUUUAUACUCUCAAUAAAAAAUUGGUAGGACAUAUCAUUAUUAUUAAAAAGAAA